AUGUCGGAGAUGACAGCUGCAAUUUCACCUCCUUUCAACGCCGGAGCUAAAUCUACUAGACCACCGUCGGAAACACCGAGUCAUCGCCGGGUUAAAACACGAGACGUAGCAUCGCGAUACCUCGACACCACCACUUCCUCGUUCUCGUCUUCUUCUCUAUUCCAAUCAUCGCCGGCGAAGAGAUGUCAAUCGCCGACUGUCACCAGGACGAAUCGCCCCGCGACUCCUUCGCAAUCGGCGACAAUUCGACCGCAAUCAUCAACAGGGCGGAGGCAGUCGGUGACGCCACGUCGCGACUCGUCAGAUCGACGAGGUGGUAGUGGCGGAGAGGAGGUUUCUGCAGCGGAGAGGAUGUUGUUAGCUUCUGGGAGAGGCUUGUUCGCGUCGUUUCAGGCCGAUUCGUUCACAGGACACGAGAACAGAUCGAAGCUAAAUUCAUCGCCGAGGACGAGUGUUGGGACUCAACAAGAGAAAUCGAAGCUCUCCGAGCAAUGGCCUAGGUCUCUCAAACCUAGACAUUGUCUCAGCAGAAGCGUCGAUUUCACCGAUACCAUGAAGAUACCAAGCGGAUCUUGCAACGGUGUAACGCAGAGCUCCAUGGCGAGUAAUAGACCGGUUUCGCAUGGAAGGACAAUGUCAGAUUCCACCAUUGUUGGAUCCUUUUCUAUGAUCUCUGACGCAGAGAGCGUUUCUUGUGGAAGCUCUAAUGGAAGAAGGAGAAACUUACCAGCUAGUGGCGUUGUGGUUAAGGCGAGAUUCUCAGAGCCUUGCUCACCGGUUGCAAGAUGUAAUGGGACGAGGAAGCUCUCAGUGGAUAGCUCUAAGCGUGAGCAGAUUCGAGAUGCUUCACCUGGCAAGUUUGGUAUGAGUAUGAGUCUAGCUUCUUCGAGUCCGAGAGGAAGUAGCAUUGGUAGGGGAAUAAGCCCUUCGAGAGGCGUGACUGUUCCUCCCAGAGGGAUGAUGAGUCCACUAAGAGUGAGAAGCACGACGACGCCUUUGGUUCUGAGUUUUGCUAAAAAGGAGAAUAGUGUCGCUGAUGAUGCUCACUUGUUAAGGCUGCUUCACAAUAGGUUGCUUCAAUGGCGGUUUGCUAAUGCUCGAGCAAAUGCUGCUAUCACGGCUCAAAAGAUGAGAGCAGAGAAAAGACUUUACAAUGCAUGGAAUCACAUCUCUAAGCUGUAUGAUUCAGUCAGAGCCAAAAGAAUCGAAAUGCAGCACUUGAAGCACAACUUGAAACUGUUAUCCAUUCUCAUUAAGCAGAUGACAUAUCUGGAGGAAUGGUUAGUAAUGGACCGAGACCAUACGAGUUCUUUAGUAGGAGCUGCUGAAGCGUUGAGAGGCAGCACGCUUUAUCUACCUGUCGAUUACAUGGCAACGGUGAAUGUACAAAGUGUUAAAGAUGCUAUUUGUUCAGCUGUUGAUGUGAUGCAGGCAAUGGCAUCUUCCAUAUGCUUGUUGCUCCCAAAGGUUGUGAAAGUAAGUGGCUUGGCAGUAGAACUUAACCGUGUCAAUGUCAAGGAGCAAAGGAUGCUUGAAUUGUGCAGGGACUUUCUUAACAUAAUCUCAGCUCUAGAGGUAGUGGAGUGUAGCUUGAGGACACAGGCUAUACAGAUACAAUAUUGA